UCACUUCUUACUUUUACUUUCACUUCUGAUUGCGUUACAGGUUACUCGUAUGAUGCGCGCUGACAAUUGCAAGAUUUUCCUUAGGCCAUGUACCGUCGACAAAUUUAAGCUUUCCGAUCUAGAAAUUAAUAUUUUUUAAGGAAAACUUGUCCUGUAAUAUAGUGCAGAAUUAUAUUCAAGUAGAACUAAGGCUUUGUGCUGCGAAUUUGACGACAGAUGGUCGCUGUCUUCAGCGAGUGCCGCAAAGUGGCGAAGUUGGAUCGGUAGUACAUAUUUUAACUAACGCUUGUGUGACUAAAUUUCUCCAGUUUAAGAUGAACGGUAACGGAAUGCAUAUGCGUCUCCGCCAGUGGCUAAUUGCUCAGAUAGACAGCGGAAAGUAUGCAGGGCUGAGCUGGGAAAAUCAGGAGAAAACCAUGUUUAGGAUACCUUGGAAACACGCAGCAAAACAUGAUUACAAGCAGGAUGAAGACGCUGCGUUAUUCAAGGCCUGGGCAGUCUACAAAGGCAAGUAUAGAGAAGGACGAGACAAAGCUGACCCUUCCACAUGGAAGACCCGUCUGCGCUGUGCCCUGAACAAGAGCACAGACUUCCGAGAGGUCCCCCAGCGCAGCCAGCUGGACAUCUCUGAGCCCUACAAGGUUUAUCAUAUUCAGACAGAGGGAAGCAGUGCCAUGGUAUCUCCUGUGCCUCAAGAGAUCUACCUGGGCAGUCAGCCUGACACCCACCUCAAUGUACCAGCCAGUCUCCAGCCACAGUUUAGCUCUCAUGUUGUGGUGGAUGGUGGUCAGAAGGAGAGGGUGGAUUCCAGCAGUCAGGCCCUGCAUAUUGUCAGCCUGGGCACACAGACACAAGCCUCGCGGGCCUCCACAAACUGCGAGGAGAGCUGGAAGGCUGAGCCCUUCUCAUGGUCCGCAUCCAGAGUGUCUGACUCUUUGUCAACUGGUUGCUUCCUGCCUGGUGCAGACCUGUCUGGGUUCCGAAUCACAGAUUUCCGUCUGCAGGUGCGUCUGUACUACCAGGGCCGGCUGGUCCGGGACGUGACCACCAGCACGGCGGACGGAUGCUGGAUCCUGCAGGGCUCGGUCCCCGUGGAGAACGAGCGCAUCUACGGGCCCUGUACGGCGGAGCAGGUCCGCUUCCCCCCGCCCAAGCUGGCCCGGGUGCCGCCCGGAAUCGCCGAGGCCAUGGGCCGUCUGCUGCCCCACCUGGAACGCGGCGUGCUGCUUUGGGUGGCCCCCGACGGGGUCUUCACCAAACGCUUCUGUCAGGGCAGAGUGUUCUGGGGCGGCCCCCUGGCCCAGCACCAGAACAAACCCAACAAGCUGGAGCGGGAGAAGACCUGCAAGCUGCUGGACAUGCCCAUCUUCCUCAAAGAGCUACAAGAGUACCUGCAUGGACGUGGCCCCAAACCACGCUUUGUGAUCGACCUCUGCUUUGGGGAGGAAUUCCCAGUAUCCAACCAGAACAAAGCCACAAAGCUCAUCACAGCGCGAGUUGAACCCCUGUUUGCCAGAAAUAUGUUGCUGAACAUCAAGAAGUCAGAGAAGGAGGAUGCCAGUGCUGUAGGCGAUCAAGUCUGGGGCAGAGGAAGACCGACAGAGCUCGCUGCUCCUGGGUCAGUCGUAGCGACUGCAGAUACACCGCUUUCACUGAGGCCCCUCAUGGAGACAAGAAGAGGGACUGAACAAGAGAGAGAAAGGAGUGAGGUGGGGAGGGAUGGAAAGAGGGACGCAGAGCAAGAUCAGUUAGACAGCAGUGUUGCAUAAUAGUUAGGGAAUUGACUGGUCUUUUAACUCUGUUUCUGGGUUCCAGUCCCACUGCUGUCAUACCCUUGAGCAAAGUUCUUAAUCUGAAUUGCUUCAGAAAAAAAUGGUUUGUAUGUAAAAAUAUAGGUUACUUUAGACAAGCUUGACUGCUAAAUGCCAAAAUGUAAUGUAAGAAAAAGAGACUGGGAACAACCAGGCCAAUAAAGAUAGAAGGAAACAGAGGGAGAGAGUCCUUGCACGCUUUAUUGUUUGGGCUAAUGCUCUUUUGACUAAACUCUCUGUGCAAAAAUGAGUCAAUAAAUGCAGAAUUUCUUUGUGUGUGUUUAAUUGGAGCAGCUAAUAUACUUUUCUUCUUAUUACAUAGAUGAAAGGUGAUUUUUUUGGUGAGAUUUAUUUUUUUAAUUGAAAUGUUCUGAAAGUUAAUUCUGUCAUUUGUACUCUAAUUGUUGUCCCUGUGAUUUCAUUUUUGCAAUUAAAGUCUUUAAAAUUAA